CCCACCCUCGCCAAGGAAAGCUUAAGUCAGCAACCAAGCCUUCGGGUCAGCUGAAAAGGCGAGGUUCUCAGCGGAACAAAGAGCAGACGUGUAAACUGGAUGAUGGGAGUGGGAGCAGACUGGCUCCUGCUGGCAGACACAGUGAGCAGAUCAUGGGGGAAGCAGGGGGUGGGAAACCAAACCCGAAGGAAAUGAAAGGAAAAAAGAAACCACAGGUGGACAGGGCAAGGGAAAGACAUAAAACUAGUGCAAAGGAAUCUAGAACUAUUGAGAAAAAGAUAGAGAAGGGGAUGUCGAAAUCUGGAUGCAAUAAGAGCAAAGCAAACAAGCCAGAUAAGAGACAAAAAGGAAACGACCGCACAAGAACAGACAUUAAACUGAACUGUCAGGCAUCAACCAGGCAGAAUAAGGAAAAGGGAAAUAAAGUGAGAGGGGAUGAGAAUAAAGGGAAGAAAUGCCAAUCAUUCGGUAAAGCCAGCAAGCCUGGGCUUGAGUUAACACAAAGGAGGAAGACCAAAAAUAGAGAAAACAGAAGUGGAGCUUCUACCACAAGGCCAACGGGAAGAUGCAGGAGGUCCAGCAGUGACUCUACUGAUGAGGACAGUGAGAGUUCAGAAGGGUCUAGUGAGGAGACCACCAGUAGCAGGGAUACUGACAGUGAGAGGACCACAUCUGACACAGGGGGUGACAAGCCCAGCUCUAGAAAGGGCAUUCGCAGGAUAGAAGUUGAGAAGAAAGUUAGCGACCACAGUACAGGCAGUGAGGGUACGGCUGAGGAAGGAGAUACUGUUGGUGAAGAGCUGGGGAAGGAGGUAGUGAGUGACAGAAGAGCAGGAGAGGGAGGUGACAGCAGAAGUAGUUGUGAGAACAGUCAACAAACUCAUUCAGUAGCUAGUGAGAGAGGAAACUACAGCAAACAGCACGUUCCAACCAUUAACCAGAUUCCAAAAGAUACUGCUGGAAGUAAUGAGGAACAAGAAGAUAAACAGGAGCUCGGCAAUGUAGUGAGUGAUAAUGAAGUAGUAGCCAAAGAGGAAAAACAGGUGAAGAUAUGGGAGGCAGCAGAGAGUGAGGCUGGAUAUCCAGAUGAUAUUCUUAAGAGAAGAACAUUACAAAUGGAUGUGAAAAAGAAGAUUAUGGUGGGCAUGAAGAUCAAAGCUAAAGUGGAGAGUAAGGGAAUGGACCAAAUGCAGGUCAAGCAGAAGUGUAAAACCAGGGAGAAGUUUGCCAAAGUUCACAUUCAGCACAAGUAUCACACUCGUAUGUGUAAAGCAGUGGAGAGAAGCUGUGCAGAAAAGCCGUGCAAAAAGCAGGGAGAUGAGUCUGAUGAUGAGAAGAGCCAGGAGAAAUUAACUGUUGUGCAACCUGUCCCUUCUGCAAGGCUCCCUUUACAUCAGGCACACCUUAUCCACUGUCUCAAGGCUAAAAACCGAGACAUCAGAAGAUCAAACCAGCAUCUUGCAACAGCUGCAGGAGAGAGUGAAAUGUGCCAGUUGCCAGAAGAGGCCAUCAAAUCGCACCAAGAUGUAUCAGUCGAUGGGUCGUUCACUGGUCAUGUCUCAGUGAAAAGCCCACAGACAGAGAGAAGCAAUGAAAGUAGUUCCUCAGAAUCAGUAGACCACGAUGCUGGAAAACAACAAUCAUCUGCACAGCAGCAGAUGGCUCUGGAUCACAAGACAAAAAUUGCCAAGGUGGUAGGAAAGGUGAAAUUGGCAUCUAUCAGGAAGUGUACACCAAAGACUCAGAGAACAGUGGAGACAACGGAUGUGGAAAGUAGCAUGGAGGCCAAACCUGGAAGGAGCACGAUCAAGGGGAAUGCCUGCCGGCGGUUUUCCGCCAUUCGUAGGGUCACUGGAUGGAUUAGCCGCCAGAUUCCCAAUGUCCUGAAGACCAGAUCCAAGCUGGUCACUGUUACCAAUGUGAUUGGAACUACCAAGUGGCUUUCAAGGACACUUAGCCUGAGACGGAAGAGCACAGAGGGGAAGCCGAGCAAUUUCAAGAGGCGCAUGGCAAUCCGCCUUGCCAGCACAGUGGGGUUUGGCACCCGAGAGGGUGGCCGUCUUCCCAGCUGGAAAGUGGCAUUGAAGGAAGAGGCGGAAGGAGACUGUGGGUUACCAGAAGUAGAUGAGACUGCCCACAGGAUGGGAGAUGUUGAAGCAAUGGUGUCUGCUGAUAUGCAGCUUGUGCUAAAAGGAGAAGCCAGUGGACAGGAUACACCCCAUCAGGCUGAGGGCCAGAUCAAAGGGGAGGAAAAGCUGGGUUCUGAUGCCAGGUAUGCAAUUGUGCUGCCACGAGUGCACCAACUGGUCAAAUCAAAAGCAACUGUAUUAGCCAGUUGUAGAAGUGAAAGGAAUCGUGCAGACAUGCCGCAGCCCUACAAAGCUGCAGCACCAGCGCAACCAGACUGCUCCUACCCGGGUGUUGUAGGGAAGCCACAGAAUGAACUAAGAGAUAAGCUUCAUACUCAAAGGGACAUUCGACCAUCCAGUUCAGAGAGCAGUGAUUCAAAUCUACGACCAAGAGAUACCAGAAAUGAUCCUCAUUACCUGCGUACCGGUCCCAUGAACAUGCCACUCAGGAGAGACCAGGAUGACAGACAGUUCACCCUGUCGGAUUCUCAUCCAUCCCUGUCUUCCCAAUUGAGAGCAGAUCCUUGCCGACAGAUCACAUGUACCUGGGAUGAUGAAGAUUUUCAGGACAAGAAGGAAAUCCACUGGGCAAGGAGGAAGUGCUUCAGUAAUGAGAACUUGACUUGGUUGGAUUCAGAAACAUUGCUCCCUCAUCCAACUAUUGAGAAUCUGAGCAAAUGGACAAUGUACAAAGAGCAGGGUGUUAGAACACAAAGAAGAACAGGGCACUGGGAGCCCGAGGAUAAUGCUGAAGAUAUUCCUGAGAAUGACUUCUCAUUAAAACAGCUAGCAUUGAAGGAUGGUCACAACGCUGAGACCAAGGAUGUGGAGGAUCUAUCCAACCUAGAGGAAGUGUGUGAGAGCUCGGUGCUACUUUGCCUGAAGAGGAGAUUCCACAGGGAUAUACAUUACACUUACAUUUGGAGCAUUCUGGUUUCAUUGAACCCUUACAAGUGUGUUGGGAUAUACGCCACAGAAUCUGCUGAACAAUACAGGAGGAAGGAGCUUUCUGAGAACCCUCCGCACAUCUUUGCCAUUGCUGAUGCUGCGUACACAUUGAGCCAGAGGCGUGAGAGAGAGCAGUGUAUCAUCGUCAGUGGACAGAGUGGAACAGGGAAGACUGAGGCAGCAAAACUGAUCAUCCGCUACCUGACGACGCUUUACCAGGGAACCAGGGAGGAAGAAAUCUGUCAGGCAACUCAGGCUUUUCCCAUCUUGGAAGCAUUUGGGAAUGCUAAAACUGUCCUGAAUAAUAACUCCAGCAGGUUUGGGAAACUCCUUUGGAUUCAUAUCCGACAUGGCCUGGUGGUUGGAACCUCAAUAUCCCAUUACCUUCUGGAAAAGUCGAGGCUUGUCUUUCAGGCACGCAGUGAGCGUAAUUACCAUGUGUUUUACGAGCUGUUGGUAGGUCUAGAUGAGGAGCUGAAAGAGGUGUUGAGCCUUCAGGAAUCCGAAGCCUAUUUCUACCUCAACCAGGGUGGAGCGUGCGAGAUCACCAGCAAGAAUGAGGAGGAGGGCUUUGUCAGUUUGUUGCACUCUCUGGAGAGGAUCGGACUGAUGGAAGGCCAGCUGAUGUCAGUGUGGGCUAUUCUGUCCUCCAUUCUGCAACUUGGCAAUCUCUGCUUCACAUCAUAUGAGGAGGGGUCCCAGGAGCUGGCUGUCAUUGUCAGUCACACUGAGACACGGAUCGUGGCCAACCUGCUGCAGGUCUCAUUGGAUGCACUCAACAGCGUUAUCACACAACGAAUGACAGAGACCAGUUAUGACCGGAUUUUUUCACCACUAUCUGUUGAAGGCUCCAUAGAUGCCAGGGACACUAUUGCCAAAGCUCUCUAUUCACUGCUGUUUGAUUGGCUGGUACAACAAAUCAACAAGUGUCUGAUGCCAGCAGAGAUGGACAGUUCUGUGGGAGUUGUGGAUAUCUAUGGUUUUGAGGACCUGGCUGUAAACAGUUUUGAACAGCUGUGCAUCAAUUACGCCAAUGAACAGUUGCAACAGUUCUUCAGCCAAGCGGUGCUUACACAGGAACAGGAGGAGUACUCUCGGGAACAGAUCAGUUGGGCUUUCAUUCCUGUCUCGGAUAGACUGAGCUGUUUAAACCUCAUCGCAGCCAAGCCAAAUGGAAUUCUUCGCAUUCUGGACGAUCAAACGAGCCUGCCACAGGCAACAGAUCACACUUUUCUUCAGAAAUGCCAUUAUCAACAUAACAACAACCCUUGGUAUGAAAAGCCCAGGGUGCCUCUGCCAGCCUUCACAGUCAGACAUUAUGCUGGUGCAGUAACCUACCAGAUGUUCCUCAACUCAGGUUUCGGAAGGAGUCUGUCAGAGGAUUACCUGCCAGACGAAGGGAUCGUCAAGACAGCCCAUCGCCGUCAGACUUCAACCAUGUGUAAGGUCCAGGUAUUGUUCACCGUGGUCAGAGGUGGAGACCUGCACAAGGAAGAUUUUAAAGUGCCACAGGGGAUGGUCUCUGACUUGUUCAAGAUGGCGCAGGAGAGUGUUCAUCUGCAGAAGAGAAUUAGGUGCAGGGGUCGAGGUCACCGAAACCAGGCACCAACUGUGGCUGCCAAAUUUCAGAACAGCCUGUUGGAACUGAUCACAAAACUGAGGAGGUGUAAUCCAUUUUUCAUCCGUUGCAUAAAACCAAACAAUAAAAAGAUCGCUGACUACUUCGAUAUGGAAUGUGUUGGUUCCCAGCUCAGGCAUUCUGGGAUUAUGGAGGCAAUCCAUAUUAGAAAGGAAGGCUAUCCAGUCAGAAUUCCGUUCCCUGACUUCACGAGCAGGUACAGCAUUUUACUGGGUCGUGAGAAGGACCUUUCCUCACACCGUGACCUGUGCUCCUCUAUACUAAAGAAGGUCACAAAGGGGACUUCAGGGUCCUAUCAGCUGGGAAUCACCAAGGCCUUUCUGAAGAAGCAAGUUUUUAAUCAGUUGGAAAGUUACUGGAGAAGAACCCAGAACUGGGCAGCAGUCACCAUUCAGAAGAAUAUCCGUGCCUUCAUCAACAGGAGAAACUUCCAGCUGCUCAGGCACAAGAUCGUCAUUGUCCAGUCUCAGAUCAGGGGACACCAGGCCAGGAGCCGGUACAAGAGGAUGAAGAGAGCCUUGGUGCAGUUUGGGGCUGCGGUGGCAAUCUCAAAGGCAGUUGCUUACAGGAGACAGAAUCAGUGCAGAAGGAAUGUAUUCCCCGCGGGGCCAAAGCUGAAGGAAAUCGCAUUAAAACAGGAGAAAAGGAGGAAUCAGCCAAUCAAGAUAUCGUGGCACAAACGAAUAUAUUCAGGGACCGGGAGUGACGGAGGAGCAGUGGGAAUGGAAGCUGGCCUGCUUGAGAUCCCAGCAAAAUUGGCUGCUCAGUUACAGCUUGCUGAGGUGAAUCCUCAAUCCUUUGAGAACCAGGUGACUGAAGUCUCCCCACCAGAGGUUAAGGCACUCAUCUAUCACUCGCUCCCUGCAGAUGUGAAUAGCUACCCCUUCAGUAGUUUCAUCAAUGGCCAUUUCCAGGAGCCUCACUUUGAAGUUCUGGACCAGCCUCUGCAGCAACCUCUCACUCGACUGCAGGGAGCAGAGCGACAGGCAGCUUUGGAGCUUUUCAAAUUGGUUCUGCGGUUUCAACAAGAAGAAUUCCUCCAAGGCAGGAAGGAAAUCAUCCUUGGGAAUUUUAUUGUGCAGAAGGGAAUCUCCAAUCCCAGACUCCGGAAUGAGAUCUACUGCCAGGUGGCGAACCAGACCUGGAAGAACCGUGCCAUGGAGGAGUGGCAGCGAGCCUGCCUUCUGAUGACCUCCUGCCUGAGCUGUCUGCAGCCUUCGCCUGAGCUCGAGAAGCCUCUGCUCAAGUAUGUGUCCGAUCACAUCAUGGAAGAGUACAGGGCUGUGUGUCAACACAAAGCCCUCAGCGCCAUGCAGUGCGUUCAGAACAGGGCCUUCCCACCCACCCAGCUGGAAUGGACAGCCAACCACAGGCGAGGACAGAUGGUGCUGGACAUCCACGUCUCUCAUGAGGAAACACUUGCAACAGAGGUGGAGUCCUGGACAACAGGAGAAGAACUUGGGAACUGGAUUUUAAAAUUCCGGGGCCAGCAGGAUGAGCAGAGAGGAUGGACGGUGUCCAUGCACAUUGGAGAGGAAUGGAGAGAUAUGCUUGGCUGCGAUUUUGUCAUGGAUCUCAUUGCUGAAAUCGAAGGAAAGAACUUACUCACAGCUCAGCCACCAGCCCCUCUUUUCUAUUCACAACAGAAUGAGGAUGCUUAUGAUCGCCAUUCGGGUUCUGAGGAAUGCUAUUCGUCACUCGAGUUCAAUGAAGGAUAUAUUCCUCCAGCACCCAACAUACAGGCACCGCCUCUGCCUCCGGCAGUGUUACCCUACAACAGCUCUGAAGCUGAAUCACAUGUGUAUGCUCACUCCUUAACAAAGUCCGAGACUAUACCUGCGUAUGAAAACUAUGUGGACAAUCUAUUCGGCUCAGUGUUCUCGCAUGGAGGAGGGGAAAUGGAGAGACCGAGUGACCUAAACAGGCGGAUGAAAGGAGGCGGGGGGAUAGGCCCACCACAGGCAGGAGCGUACAUGACCACAGGUGUACCAAUGGUCCCCAGCUACUCAAUGGGUGUUCCGAUGAUGCCUCAGAUGCAACAGAUGACUGCUGUACCUACUUAUCAGACCCCAGUAAUAAGUGCAGCUGUGCCUUCAAUGCAACCGAUGCCUGCAAUGCACCAGAUGCCUGCAAUGCAGCCGAUGCCCGCAAUGCAACCGAUGCCCGCAAUGCAGCCGAUGCCCGCAAUGCAACCGAUGCCCGCAAUGCACCCGAUGCCUGCAAUGCAGCCGAUGCCUGCAAUGCAAACAGUUCCUGUGAUGCAGCCAGUGGAGCCAUCAGUGCCAGUAAUGAUGGUUCCACAGGCCAGUAUGCCUCAGAUGCAGCCAAUGCAGCAGGCGUCCCAGUACUCAAGGCCUCAGAUUUCUCAGCCUUCAAAUCGAUUCAGCUCCUCCUCCUCCCCCCAACUUUCAACUCAGCAGGAAAGUUUCAUCAACCAGCAGGCUCUGCUAUUGGCCCAGCAGAUGACAAUGCAGGCCAUGUCAAUAAGCCAGCAACAACAGAAGGAACAGCAAAAGGAAUCACAACAGGAGAGACAACCUGUCUCAAAGCCAACAAAACCCACAACUUCACCUAAGACCAAGUCAAAGUCCGUCCGACCUGAUUCACCCAAACAACCAGUGAAGCCCAAAGAGAAGAAGGAACCCGUCAUCAGUAAAACUCCUCCCAAAGAGAAGGAGCAGCUUCCCAGUAACGAGGUCCUUCCACCCGAUAAGGAAGAUGCUGUUGAGGAGAUGGACUUGGAACAAUUUCAAUCUUUUCAGCAGAAACGAUCUUUUUUCCUGAAAAUCGCAGGGCAGAAGGAAAGUGUGAAGUUGAAACGUCGGUCUAAAAUACUGCUUCCCAAACCAGAGAAACCAGAAAAGAAGCAGGAAGCUGAAGAAUCUGAGAGCCCCAAAGAGGAGAAGCAGAAAGAAACUGCUACACCUCCCCCUCCUCCUCCUCCUCCCCCUCCUCCAGUCACCCCAGCCGAAGACUCGCACGAUGAAAAGAAGACGGAGGAGACUGAUAAAGAAGAGACGGUGACGACUGUCAAUAUCAGAAAGAAACCAGAACCCAGUCACAACAUUCGAGAAAUAAUAAAGAAGUACCAGUCCCGACCAUUAUCGCCCCCUCCUGUUCCCAAGCCAAACAGACCCUGUUGGACAUUGAUUGCCACAAGCCUGCUACCCUUGUUUGGUGGUGAGACAGGCGGCAAGGCAGUAGUGUUCCCUCCGGUUGUAGCUAGGACUAGGCCUCAGUCCUUGAGCCGUCCAGGCUCGGUUGGAGGUGCAAACAACAGGAAUUCUGCAGAUGCUGGAAAUUCAAGCAACACACAUCAAAGUGGCUGGUGAAUGCAGCAGGCCAGACAGCAUCUCUAGGAAGAGGUGCAGUCGACGUUUCAGGCCGAGACCCUUCGUCAGGACUAACUGAAGGAAGAGUGAG